UGCCUUUCUUGGCUUGCCACCGCGCUCGGCGUGCGCCAGAGCCACUGCAGGCAGAUCGCACACAAAGGAGGAAGGACUCGCGCUAAAGUUUCAGGGGCCUGACGCUGGCUGCUGCCCCUUCGCGAACGUGCACUGGGAAACGUCCAGCCCUGCAUGCUGGAGUCGAGGAGAGAAAGUGCCGAGGGGGCGCCUGCCUGGCCGCAGCGUCGCGCUCGGCUCGAGAGAAGUCCCUGGGGAAGGGCGUCGGAGGAGAGGCCGAAGGGGAGCCGGGCAGACAGCGAGCCAGCCAGGGACACCCAGCAUCGUUCGCUUCGCUGUCAGCGGCGCGGGCCCUUUGCAGCCUGCCCGGGACAAACCUUGCAGCAGCUCCAUUGGCUGAGAGCGGCUAGCGCUGCUGCGGCUGCUGCCAAAACAGCUCAAGCCAAGCGCCCCCUUUCUCCAGCCCCCCUCCGAGCAGGGCAGCGGCGGCUGCAGCAGCAGCAGCCAGGCGCUCAAAUGGAGUGGAAAAUGGCCAGUGGUGGCAUAUAGCGCCAUAGAUUAUCUGCUUCACGUUUUGUAUUUAGCUGCCUCUAAUCUGCUUUCCUUUGCCUGAGCCCCCAGCUGGGGGUGGGGGGAGAGGCAGGCGGGAGAGAUUCUGUCCUUUGCUGCCGGUACUAUACGCGAUAAUGUUUAUAUGAUUAGCUGAGCCCAGGGUGGGGAGUAGAGAGAGGGGGGUGGAGAUUGGAGGAGGAGGCUGGAGGUGACUCCAGUUCAGAGCCAGUGGAGAGUCUGUGUCAGGCUUUAGCAGUCCCCAGUCACACACACAGAGGUGCAUGAGCGAAAAGGAGCUUGCAAUACAAUUCACUGGGAUUGUGUGCGUGUGUUGCGUUACCCCCCCGCCCCCAUUGGUGUGUGUGUUAGUAGCUCCGCGCUUGGUUCCUGGGCUCCAGCCGUUCACGGGGCAGCAGCGGCGAGAGGAAGACGAGAAAUCCGAGGAGGGGCUGGAACUGUAUCAUGCCAGAGGCCAGCAUGUCAUCCAGGGAGAUGUAAAUGAGGUCGAGGCGAACGACAGAGACACGGAGAAGGGAGGGGGCUUUGCGCUGCAAAAUCUGAGUUGGUCGCCCCGCUGCUCCUGGCAUCGCCUUUAUUCCCCUUCUCGUGAGCGCUGCGGAGAAAGGACUCCCGAGGCUGGUCACAUACACUGGGCUUUGCACCGUGGUUCACCCCUUUGAUUGAUUGCUAUUAUUUAUUUAUUUAUUGGUCGGGGAGCCUGGCUAUUUUAGACCUUUCCUGCCGAGCGGGGUGUUGGAAACUGCCGGAAAAUGUUGACUUAGCCCUAGCAAAGCCAGCCUACCGACCGGCCGGCCGCUUGGAGGAGGAGAAGCCGCCUUGCGUGUGUUGUCCCAGCUCAGCAGCGAGCUGCAGAGCCAGCUGCCUCCCUCUCUCCCUACCCAGCCCAGCUUUCUCCUGCCCGGUCCCCGUUGCGCCUGCUGUUGCUGUGGUGCCUCCUGAACUAACUCCUCUGCCCCUGGCGUUCAGAGGGGGCUCACCCGGCGCACUUCUCUGGGGCAUCCGAGUUGAGAGAGAGAGAGAACCUGGCCCGGCUUCGGUUCCACAGAGCGAGAUAUGAAGAUCAAUGAUACAGACCACCGGCUUCAAUGAUGCUGGGCAUUUAUAACUGGGUUCAUUAAGGAAUACAAAGAAAAUACUUAAAGGGAUCAAUAAUGGUGUCUUCUGGUUGCAGAAUGCAGUUUUUUUGGUUACUUCUCAUAACUGGCUUCCUACAGAAUACAGAAGAAUCAUAGAAAUGUAGGGCUGGAGAGGGACCAUGAGAAGUUGAGAAAUCCAGUCUCCUGUGCUGAGGUAGGACCAAGUAAACCUAGACCAUCCCUGACAGGUGUUUGUCCAACCUAUUCUUAAAAACUUCCAGUGAUGGGGAUUCCACAACCUCCCUUGGAAACCUAUUCCAGAGCUUAACUGCCACCAUUACAUACUAUUCAGGUUUCAGCCGAGCAGCACUACCAUUUGGUUUAGUUAGGAGGGAACUGUCUUGCGAAGGCUACUCCAUUGACCUUCGGUGUCCAGGAAGUGAUGUCAUUAUGAUAGAGAGUGCUAAUUAUGGACGGACAGAUGACAAGAUUUGUGAUGCUGACCCUUUCCAAAUGGAAAACACAGAAUGCUUCCUCCCAGAUGCCUACAAAAUUAUGACACAAAGGUGCAACAACCGAACACAGUGUAUAGUAGUUACUGGGUCAGAUGUGUUUCCUGAUCCUUGUCCUGGAACGUACAAAUAUCUUGAAGUUCAGUAUGAAUGUGUUCCUUACAAAGUGGAGCAAAAAGUUUUUGUUUGCCCGGGGACGUUGAAAGCAAUUGUGGACUCACCGUCUUUAUAUGAAGCUGAACAAAAGGCAGGUGCUUGGUGCAAAGAUCCUCUCCAGGCUGCAGAUAAAAUAUACUUCAUGCCAUGGACUCCAUAUCGCACUGAUACUUUGAUAGAAUAUGCUUCUUUAGAGGACUUCCAAAAUGGACGCCAACAGACAACUUACAAACUUCCAAAUAGAGUGGAUGGCACUGGAUUUGUGGUCUAUGAUGGUGCUGUAUUUUUUAACAAAGAAAGAACCAGGAACAUUGUAAAGUUUGACUUGAGGACUAGAAUUAAAAGUGGAGAGGCCAUUAUCAAUUAUGCUAACUACCAUGACACUUCUCCAUACAGAUGGGGAGGAAAGACUGAUAUUGAUUUAGCAGUUGAUGAAAAUGGUUUAUGGGUAAUUUAUGCAACGGAACAAAACAAUGGAAUGAUAGUUAUUAGCCAAUUGAAUCCAUAUACUCUUCGCUUUGAAGCAACAUGGGAAACCACAUAUGACAAACGGGCAGCAUCCAAUGCUUUUAUGAUAUGUGGAGUCCUCUAUGUAGUCCGAUCAGUGUAUCAAGACAACGAAAGUGAAACUGGCAAGAAUGCAAUUGAUUACAUUUACAACACCAGGUUAAGCAGAGGAGAAUAUGUAGAAAUUCCCUUCCCCAACCAGUACCAGUACAUCGCAGCAGUGGAUUACAACCCAAGAGAUAACCACCUGUAUGUGUGGAACAACAACUUCAUUCUCCGAUACUCUCUAGAGUUUGGCCCACCUGACCCAGCCCAAGUGCCUACUACCGCAGUGACAAUAACUUCUUCAGCAGAGCUAUACAAAACCACUGUGUCAACCAUAAGCACGACUUCACAGAAAGGCCCCAUAAGCACAACAUUAGCUGGAGGCACAAAGGAAGGAAGCAGAGGGCCCAAGCCACCACCAGCAGUUUCCACAACGAAAAUUCCUCCUGUGACAAGUUUUUUCCCUUUGCCAGAGAGAUUCUGUGAACCUGAUGAGGCCAGGGGGAUUAGCUGGCCUCAGACGCAAAGAGGAAUGAUGGUUGAACGCCCUUGUCCCAAAGGAACUCGAGGAACUGCCUCGUAUCUCUGCAUGGUUUCCACUGGAACAUGGAACCCUAAGGGCCCUGAUCUUAGCAACUGUACCUCACACUGGGUAAAUCAGCUGGCUCAGAAGAUCAGAAGUGGAGAAAAUGCUGCUAGUCUUGCCAAUGAACUGGCUAAACACACCAAAGGACCAGUUUUUGCUGGUGAUGUGAGUUCAUCAGUGAGGCUGAUGGAACAGUUGGUGGACAUUCUUGAUGCUCAACUGCAAGAACUGAGGCCUAGUGAAAAAGACUCAGCUGGGCGGAGUUAUAACAAGCUCCAAAAACGAGAGAAGACAUGCAGGGCUUACCUUAAGGCAAUCGUUGACACAGUGAACAACCUGCUCAGGCCUGAAGCUCUAGAAUCCUGGAAAGAUAUGAAUUCUUCAGAACAAGCACACGCUGCAACAAUGUUACUUGAUACACUAGAAGAAGGGGCUUUUGUCUUGGCUGACAAUCUCUUAGAACCAACUAGAGUCUCAAUGCCCACUGAAAACAUUGUUCUGGAAGUUGCAGUGCUCAGUACAGAAGGCCAGGUGCAGGACUUGAAAUUUCCUCAGGGCAGCGAAGGAGGCAAUUUGAUCCAACUUUCUGCAAACACUGUGAAACAGAACAGCAGGAAUGGAUUAGCAAAAUUGGUUUUCAUCAUUUACAAAAGUUUGGGACGGUUCCUCAGUACCGAAAACGCGACCAUAAAGCUGGGUAGUGACUUCGUUGGUCGGAACAGUACCAUUGCAGUGAACUCCCACGUCAUUGCAGCCUCCAUCAACAAGGAGUCCAGCCGUGUGUACCUGACUGAUCCUGUGCUUUUUACCCUGGAACACAUUGAUCCUGACAAUUAUUUCAAUGCAAAUUGCUCCUUCUGGAACUACUCAGAGAGGACUAUGAUGGGAUACUGGUCCACUCAGGGGUGCAAGCUGAUUGACACAAAUAAAACUCAUACAUCUUGUGCUUGCAGCCACCUAACCAACUUUGCAAUCCUUAUGGCCCAUAGGGAAAUUGUGUACAAAGAUGGAGUGCAUGAGCUACUCCUUACUGUCAUCACCUGGGUGGGAAUUGUCAUCUCCCUUGUAUGCCUGGCCAUCUGCAUCUUCACAUUCUGUUUCUUCCGUGGCCUACAAAGUGAUCGUAAUACUAUUCACAAGAAUCUUUGUAUCAACCUAUUCAUUGCAGAGUUCAUUUUCCUAAUAGGCAUCGAUAAAACAGAAUACAAAAUUGCAUGUCCGAUAUUUGCAGGCCUCUUACACUUUUUCUUCCUGGCAGCAUUUGCCUGGAUGUGCCUAGAAGGAGUGCAGCUCUAUCUCAUGUUAGUAGAAGUAUUUGAAAGUGAAUAUUCUAGGAAGAAGUACUACUAUGUUGCUGGCUACCUCUUCCCUGCCACAGUAGUUGGUGUCGCAGCAGCUAUUGACUAUAAGAGCUAUGGAACAGAGAAAGCUUGCUGGCUCCACGUAGAUAACUAUUUUAUCUGGAGUUUCAUUGGGCCUGUUACCUUCAUUAUUCUGCUGAAUCUUAUCUUCCUGGUGAUCACAUUGUGCAAAAUGGUGAAGCACUCAAACACUCUGAAACCAGACUCUAGCAGGUUGGAAAACAUUAAUAAUUACCGUGUUUGUGAUGGCUACUAUAAUACGGACUUACCUGGCUAUGAAGAUAAUAAACCAUUUAUCAAGUCCUGGGUCUUGGGUGCAUUUGCUCUCCUGUGUCUUCUUGGCCUAACAUGGUCAUUUGGCCUGCUGUUUAUCAACGAGGAGACGGUUGUGAUGACAUAUCUCUUCACAGUAUUUAAUGCUUUCCAGGGAAUGUUUAUUUUCAUCUUUCAUUGUGCCCUUCAAAAGAAAGUACGUAAGGAAUAUGGCAAGUGCUUCCGACAUUCCUAUUGCUGUGGCGGACUACCAACUGAGAGCCCCCACAAUUCAGUGAAGGCAUCGACAACAAGAACUAGCGCUCGCUAUUCCUCUGGCACUCAGAGUCGUAUAAGAAGGAUGUGGAACGACACUGUGAGAAAACAAUCUGAAUCUUCCUUUAUCUCAGGUGACAUCAACAGCACUUCAACACUUAAUCAAGGAAUGACUGGCAAUUACCUACUAACAAACCCUCUUCUUCGACCACACGGCACUAACAACCCCUAUAACACACUGCUCGCUGAAACAGUUGUAUGUAAUGCCCCUUCAGCUCCCGUGUUUAACUCACCAGCAACCUACAGAGAGACAAGACAUUCACUGAACAAUGCCAGGGAUACAAGUGCCAUGGAUACUCUACCGCUAAAUGGUAAUUUCAACAACAGCUACUCAUUGCGCAAUGGAGAUUAUAAUGACAGUGUGCAAGUUGUAGACUGUGGACUAAGCCUGAAUGAUACUGCUUUUGAAAAAAUGAUCAUUUCAGAAUUAGUGCACAACAACCUGCGGGGCAGCAGCAAGAACCACAACCUGGAGCGCACACUCCCAGCCAAAGCUGUGAUUGGCGGGAGCAGUAGCGAAGAUGAUGCAAUUGUGGCGGAUGCUUCAUCUUUGAUGCACAGUGACAACCCAGGACUGGAGCUUCACCAUAAGGAGCUUGAGGCACCACUCAUUCCCCAACGGACUCACUCGCUUCUGUACCAGCCACAGAAGAAAGUGAAGACUGAAGGAACUGACAGCUACGUCUCACAGCUGACAGCUGAGGCUGAAGACCACCUUCAGUCCCCCAACAGAGACUCUCUUUACACAAGCAUGCCCAAUCUUAGAGACUCUCCUUAUCCAGAGAGCAGCCCUGAUGUUGAAGAAGAUCUCUCUCCCUCCAGGAGGAGUGAGAAUGAAGACAUUUACUACAAAAGCAUGCCAAAUCUUGGAGCUGGCCAUCAGCUUCAGAUGUACUAUCAAAUCAGCAGGGGCAAUAGUGAUGGCUAUAUAAUUCCCAUUAACAAAGAAGGAUGUAUCCCAGAAGGAGAUGUUAGGGAAGGACAAAUGCAACUAGUGACAAGCCUUUAAUAGUGUAGCAAAGAAAUACUAAAGGCCACAUACAAGUAUUAAAAAGACUUUAUUGGCCCAACACAGGCUCCCUCAUAUCUGCUCAAAGAGACUAUUCUGUUCACCCUGUGGUUCUCCGGUGUAAAGGGGAUGACUGGACCUUGCAGUUCUGUGAAUUUUUAUAAAACAAAAACUUUGUAUAUACACAGAGUAUACUAAAAUGAAUUAUUUGUUACAAAGAGAAGAGAUACCAACAAGGUAUUUUAAGAUAUCUUCUGCUGCUGAGUUUAACAAAAUUGUGAAACAAACAAACAGACGAAAACUUUCCAGCCAUUUUACUGCAGCAGUUUGUGAACUAUAUUUGUAAAUAUGGCUGCACCCUCCCCCCCCCUCUUUUUUUGGGUAGGCCUGCAUUGUAUUAUAUACAAGACGUAGGCUCUAAAAUCCUGUGGGACAAAUUUACUGUACCUUAUUAUUCCUGACAAGACUUUCAAAAGCAGGAGAGAGAGAUUCUGCAUCAGUUUGCAGUUCACUGCAAAUCUUUUCCAUUAAGGCAAAGAUUGAAAACAUGUCUAACCACUAGCAAUCAAGCCACAGGCCUUAUUUCAUAUAUUUCCUCAACUGUACAAUGAACUGUUCUCGUGAAAGAUGGCUAAAGAAAUUAUAUUUUGUUCUAUUGCUAGGGUAAAAAAAUACAUUUGUGUCCAACUGAAAUAUAAUUAUUAAAAAUAAUUUUAAAGAGUUUGAAGAAAAUAUUGUGAAGAGCUCUUGGUUGCACAUAUGUUAUAAGCUGUUUUUCUUACACUUUGUUCAUAGUACUGUAGUAUGUUUAAAAUCCAAGUUCUACCUGUUUUCACUUAUUUUUCACUGUAAACAGUGUUCUGCUUUGAGAAAUUAAUUUUUAUUCUUAUGUUUGACUUUUUUUAUUGCCAAAAAAAAAAUUACCAAGGGGAAAUUUCUCUUAGAAGCCAGUUAUGCCAUGCCUUGCACAAAUUUGGUAAAAUCUAGCCAAGAUUGUAAAUCAAUUCCCUGUUCAUUCUUUACCCAGGGUGGGAUGGGGAGGGCUAAUGGGGACACUGGACACUUCUCUCAAACUUUCUGGUGAACAAAAGGUGCCUGUCCUUUUAAAAAUAAAAUAAAACAAAUAUUACUCCUCCAUAUUCCUUCUGCCUAUAUUUAGUAAUUUAUUUUAUGAUAAAGAUCUAAUGAAAUGUAAAUUGUUUCAGCAAAAUUCUGCUUUUUUUCAUCCCUUUGUGUAAAACUGUUAACGAGCCCAUCACUAAUAACCAAUGUAAAGUUUAACACCUGUUUGACAGUAAAUAAAUGUGAAUUUUUUUCCAAAA